AUGAGGUGUAUGCUUACUCGUAGCACUGCACAAGGCAAUCUUACCCCCUUGGAUUCAGAAAUAGAACGCACUUACAAGUCGAAUAGAAAGCAAACGAAGGACACUAGUUUGCCAAUUGACGACACAACGGCGGGUUCUACUUCCUCACAAGGGGAGGAGCACGGGAAAACUCCACCAAACUCACCUGCACGUUCAAUUCACGAGGACGAAGAGGAACCCCCAAUCCUCACCAUGGUUGAACCAAAGCCAUUGAAGGAUGCUUUUGUUCCUACAGCUUCGGAGUCCCCCUCAUGCAUAGCUUACACACCACCGGGCAAUCAGGCCUUCUCCAUUCCUGUGCAGCUCCUUAACUCGUUGCCUAAGUACUCGGGCACGCCAUCUGAGGAUCCUAAUGUUCACAUUAGAGAAUUCUUGGAUAUUUGCAAGCUGCAAACCAUUCAGAACAUCCAACCAGAAGGACUCAGGUUACUUCUAUUUCCCUUUUCUUUAAAAGAUGAUGCAAAACGUUGGUUAUACUCGUUACCUGCAGGUAUCAUCACAACUUGGGAUGAAAUGGUGAAGAAGUUUUUGAAACAAUACUUCCCCGCUCAAUUGACCAAACGAUUAAGGAGGGAGAUUCAGAACUUCACUCAAAAGGAUGGAGAUACACUAUAUGAAGCAUGGGAGGAAUUUCAAGAGUUGCAGAGGAAGUGUCCCCAUCACAACUUCAGUCUGAAUGACCUUGUCCAAUUUUUCUAUGAUGGAUUGGACAUAACUAAUAGGGGCAGCGUUGAUUCUGCAUGUGGAGGUACUUUCAUGAAUAAAACAGGUCAAGAAGCAUAUAAUCUGAUUGAUGAUUUGGCCGACAACAAUAGACAAUUCUACACAAGAGAUAAACGUAUAAGAGGACGUGGAGUGUAUGAAGUUGAUUCAAGGAACCAAAUGGUGGCAGUGGAAAGAAAACUCGACAUGCUAAUGAAUGCCUUGGGCAAUGGCAUUAAGGCAACACCUCAGGUAUGUUCUAUUUGUUCCUAUUCUGAUCAUACUACUGAUAAAUGUCCUUUGUCUUCUUUGUCUGAAGAACAGGUGAAUUAUAUGGGGCAACAAAGGCCUAAAUACGACCCUUACUCGAACACGUACAAUCCGGGAUGGAAGGAUCACCCUAACUUCUGUUGGAGCGGCAAUGACAACGUGGUUCGACCCACCCAAGGUGUCUACAAUGGACCACCUGGAUUCCAACAAGGGGCUAGGCAGCAAAUCUAUCAACAAGCUCCCCCUCAACAAACCUCAAGCAAGUCUUUGGAAGAACUAGUCAAGGAGAUGACCAUAAACACCAAUGUCUUCAUCCAAGAAACAAGAUCUCAACUCAAGGAGCAUGGUCAAUCUAUCAAGAACUUGGAAAGGCAGGUUGGGCAACUUGCAACAGACAUGCACACUAGACUUCCUGGCACCCUCCCUAGCACAACAAUUCAAAAUCCUAAGGAUGGACGUAUGGCUGAGCUCAAUGCAAUCACUUUAAGGAGUGGUACACAAUUGGAAAAAGCUUCUGCGCAUCAAAGGGCACCCAUGAAAGGUCAAGAAAAAAAGGAGGAGCAAAGAAAUAUGGAGGAAGAGAAAAUCAAUCAUUUUGGGGCUGAUCAGAAUGUUCAUGCUUUUUCUCCUCCAAAGGUAAAAGAUCCUACUCCUCCUAAGUUGGUUACUUCAUGUAUUCCUUUUCCUCACAGGUUCAUGAGCUCUAAGAAAGAUCAAGAAGAGAAGGAUGUCUUGGAAACUUUCCGUAAAGUCCAAGUUAACAUUCCUCUCUUGGAUGCUAUAAACCAAAUACCACGAUACGCCAAAUUUCUCAAGGAGCUUUGUACCAAUAAAAGGAAGUACAAGGAGAAGGAAACCAUUGCUUUAAGUGAAGAAGUGUCCGCUGUGCUCCUAAGAAAGUUACCUCCAAAAUUGAAGGACGCCGGGAGGUUUACAAUCCCUUGCACAAUUGGGGAUAAAAGGUUCGGUAAGGCUUUAUUAGACUUGGGUGCUUCAAUUAAUCUAAUGCCUUUUUCUGUUUAUGAGUCUUUGAACCUAGGUGAACUCAAGCCUACACCAAUAACUAUCCAAUUAGCGGAUCGCUCAAUAGUUCUUCCUAAGGGACUUGUGGAGGAUAUGCUCGUCCAAGUUAAUCAUUUGAUAUUUCCCGCGGAUUUCUUUGUACUUGACAUGGAGCCCGAGCCUGUGCCUUAUGACCUACCUCUUAUUCUUGGCCGGCCAUUCUUAAGAACCGCUCGCACAAAGAUAGAUGUCUUCGAAGGAACCUUAACAAUGGAAUUCGAUGGAGAUGUUAUAAGCUUCAAUAUCUUUGAAGCUAUGAGGUACCCUUGUGACGUUCAUUCCUGUUUUUCUAUUGAUACUCUUGAAUUUUUAGUGCAGGACACCUUUGAUGCAAGUGUGGGGGAAGACCCACUCAAGAAAACAUUGGAAAUCGGUUUAAACUCCCAGCAGCAAUCGACCGUAGGGAAUGCAGCGAUCGAUUAUUUGCCGUCUGCCAUAAAAGUUGCUGCUUCAUCUUCCAUGGUUUUCAACGAAGAAUUGCGGGAAUUAGCUGCUAUCCUUGAUGCUCCACCCUAUAUCCCAGCUAAGUUUAGUUCUAAAUUCAUUCACCUUCCACUAACUGAUGAAAAACUUGUUCCUUCUAUUGUUCAGGCACCCAAAUUAGAACUCAAACCAUUGCCCGAACACUUAAAGUAUGUUUUCUUGGGAGAGAAUGAGACAUUACCCGUCAUCAUUGCAGCCAACCUUUCUGUGAUUGAGGAAGAAAAAUUGGUGAGAGUUCUAAGGGAACACAAGUCAGCAAUUGCAUGGAGUAUAGUGGAUAUAAAAGGAAUAAGCCCUUCCAUGUGUAUGCACCGAAUUCUCUUAGAAGAAGGCACCAAACCAUCAAGAGAGGCUCAAAGACGUCUCAACCCACCUAUGAUGGAGGUAGUAAAGAAGGAGGUCCUUAAACUCCUUGAUGUGGGCAUCAUUUAUCCCAUCUCUGAUAGCCAAUGGGUGAGUCCAGUCCAAGUUGUACCUAAACGUUCUGGCAUCACAGUUGUGAAGAACGAAGACAAUGAGUUGAUUCCUACCCGAGUUCAAACCGGUUGGAGAGUUUGCAUUGAUUACCGCAAACUCAACACUACUACACGUAAGGACCAUUUUCCUUUACCUUUUAUUGAUCAAAUGUUGGAAAGACUUGCAGGUCAUGCAUAUUAUUGUUUCUUGGAUGGAUACUCCGGUUACAAUCAAAUUGCCAUUCAUCCGGAAGAUCAGGAAAAGACAACUUUCACAUGUCCUUUUGGGACAUUCGCUUACCGGAGGAUGCCUUUUGGCCUAUGCAAUGCCCCUGCAACAUUCCAAAGGUGCAUGAUGAGCAUAUUUUCUGAUAUGGUUGAAAAGAUCAUCGAGGUCUUCAUGGACGAUUUUUCUCUCCACGGUGACUCUUUUAAUUCUUGUCUAUUUAAUCUAUCUUUAGUUCUUAAAAGAUGUCAAAAAACUAACCUUGUUUUAAACUGGGAAAAAUGUCAUUUUAUGGUACAACAAGGUAUAGUUUUGGGUCAUAUUAUAUCUGCUAAAGGGAUAGAAGUAGACAAAGCAAAGAUAGAUCUUGUACGUUCUUUACCACCUCCCACAUCUGUGAAGGAGGUGCGGUCUUUUCUUGGCCAUGCAGGUUUCUAUCGACGCUUCAUCAAGGAUCAUUCAAAGAUCACAAGACCUUUAUGUCGACUACUUCAAAAAGAUGUACCUUUUGUCUUCGAUAAGGAGUGCAUGGAGGCAUUUGAAAAGCUAAAGAAGAUGUUGACCGAGGCCCCUAUUAUCACGCCACCAGAUUGGAAUCUUCCUUUUGAGCUCAUGUGUGAUGCAUCUGAUUAUGCCGUAGGAGCUGUUUUUGGGCAAAGGGUUGAAAAGAUCCCUCAUGUUAUUUACUAUGAGUCAAGGACACUGAACGAUGCCCAGCUCAACUACUCCACCACAGAAAAAGAAUUAUUAGCUGUUGUUUUUGCUUUAGAAAAAUUUCGUUCAUAUCUUUUGGGCACUAAAGUUAUUGUUUUCUCUGAUCAUGCAGCCCUUAGGUACCUACUUACAAAGAAGGAAGCAAAGCCUCGAUUAAUUAGAUGGAUUCUCCUCCUUCAAGAGUUCGACUUGGAGAUCAAAGACAAGAAAGGAUGUGAGAAUGUGGUGGCUGAUCAUUUGAGUAGACUUGUGCAUAGUUCAAAGGAGGAAGAAGAUGCACUACCUUUGAAGGAAACCUUCCCGGAUGAGCAAUUGUUUGAAGUACAAGAAUUGGGAUCAGAAGGAAAAAUGAACGAUCGUACUUUGGAACCAUGGUUCGCAGACAUCGUAAAUUACAAGGCCACCAAGCUAAUUCCAGACAAAUUCACUCGAGCUCAAAAGGAUAAGUUGAUUAAAACCGCAAGGCAAUACGUUUGGGAUGAGCCAUAUUUAUGGAAGUUUUGUGCCGAUCAAUUGGUAAGAAGGUGUGUCCAUGAAUCUGAAUUUCAUUCUAUACUAACCUUUUGCCAUACUUAUGCUUGUGGAGGACACUUUGGAGUGAAAAGAACUGCCUUGAAAGUCCUUGAAUGUGGAUUCUAUUGGCCUACACUAUUCAAGGAUGCUUAUCUCUUUUGCAAGACAUGUGAUAAAUGUCAACGUACAGGUAACUUGGGUCCAAGGGAUCAAAUGCCUCAAACUCCAAUUAUAAGUGUUGAAAUAUUCGAUAUUUGGGGCAUUGAUUUCAUGGGUCCAUUCCCUUCUUCAUAUGGUUUUCUUUACAUUCUACUUGCAGUUGAUUAUGUGUCUAAAUGGGUGGAGGCAAAAGCCACCCGGACUAACGAUGCUAAAGUGGUUUCAGAUUUCCUUAAAGCUAACAUCUUUUCUAGGUUUGGGACCCCACGAGCCAUAAUCAGCGAUGGAGGAUCGCAUUUUUGCAACAGGACCUUUGAAGCUCUUCUUCGGAAGUACAAUAUUACCCACAAAGUGUCUACACCAUAUCAUCCUCAAACAAGUGGGCAAGCGGAAGUGUCCAAUCGUGAAAUCAAGCAAAUCUUGGAGAAGACCGUGGCACCAAAUAGGAAGGAUUGGAGCUUGAGAUUAGAUGACGCCUUAUGGGCUUAUAGGACUGCCUUCAAAACUCCCAUUGGCAUGUCACCCUUCCGAAUUGUCUAUGGCAAGCCAUGCCACUUACCCGUGGAGUUGGAACAUCGAGCAUGGUGGGCAAUAAAGAAAUUUAACAUGGACUUGGACGUUGCCGGCUUGCAUAGAAAACUUCAAUUGAAUGAGCUUGAGGAAAUCCGCAAUGAAGCUUAUGAGAGUGCUAAGAUAUACAAGGAGAAGACCAAGGCAUUUCAUGACAAGAUGAUAAUGAGGAAGACUUUUGUUGUUGGACAAAAAGUCCUUCUUUUCCAUUCCCGCCUUAAAUUAUUUCCUGGUAAGCUUCGUUCACGUUGGAUUGGUCCAUUUUUUGUUACUAAUGUAUUCCAUCAUGGUGCAGUGGAAAUUCAAAGUGAAAAGACCGGAAUGAAAUUCAAAGUCAAUGGCCAUCGACUCAAACUUUACUAUGAGUCCUUUGUGGAGCAAGAAAUGGAGGAUGUACCCCUCCAUGAACCCCCUCCCAUUAAGUAAAAUUCUUGGUACAAGUCUAGGCUGAAAGACUUUAAACAUUAAGCGCUGCAUGGGAGGCAACCCAUUUCAAACGGUAGCUGUGGAGGAGCCAUCAACGCAGAUUUGCUCUCUUAAACUCUAUCUCCUCUAUUACUAUUUUCUGAUUGUAUCUAUGUUAUUUGCAUUUUUAGUUUUUGUUUUUAGGUUUUCUUGAGUUAAUCAUUCCUUUCACAUGAUAAUUGUUCAUUACAUGCUCUAACUUGUUUAACAUUGAGGACAAUGUAUGAUUUAAGUGUGGGGGGAAGGAUUAAUGCUUGUAGUUAGUUUUUGUCAUUAUAAAAAGAAAAAACAAAAUA